AUGUUUAAAUAUGAACUUGCACAAGAACAUUUUCAAAAACUUAUUGAUGAAAAUUUAGUCAAAGAAAAUAUUGAUUUUGCUUAUUGUUAUUAUGGACUUGCACAAGUUAAUUGUAAAAAUGAAGAUUAUGAUUCAGCUAUUUUAAAUAUUAACAAAACAUUAGAAUAUUUAUUAAAAAAUUCAUCACUUAAUAAACAUUCACUUGUAUCAUCAUGUUAUAAUGAUUUAGGUUCAAUCUAUACUAAACAAUCAAAUUAUUCAGCUGCUUUACAAUCAUUUGAUAAAGCUAUAUCAAUCAAUAAUGAUGAUGAUAUCUUAUCUAAAACUUAUUUAGCUUUAUCAGAUACUCAUUUUCAAAUGACAAAUUAUCGUACAGCAUUAGAAUAUUUAGAUAAAUCUCUUGAUCGUAUACCAAAAACAGAACAUUUAAUGAUGGCAAAUGUAUAUAUUAACAUGGGUAAAGUAUAUAUGGCAAUUAAUGAACCUGAAAAAGCAUCAAAAAUACUUGAUAAAGCACUUGAAUGUCAACUUAAAGAAGUUCCUAUAACUCAUCCAGAUGUUGGUUAUACUUAUAAUGCAAUUGGAUUAAUGUAUUUCGAUACAAAUAAUUAUGAAAAAGCUCUAGAAUAUAUUGAAAAAGCUUAUCAAUUACAAUUAAAAUCAAUACCAAAUAAUCAUCCAGAUUUUGCAGAUACUUAUAGAAAUUUUGCUAAAAUAUAUAUGAAAAAAGGUGAUUUAGACAAAAGUUUAUUUUAUUAUGAAAAAGUAUUAGAAAAUCAAUUAAAAACAUUAGUAUGGACUAAUCCAUCCGUAAUUGAUACUUAUCGAUCUAUUGGACUUAUUGAACGAGCAAAAAGUAAUUAUGAUCAAGCAUCAACUAACUUUCAAAAAGUACUUAACCGUCAUUUAAACAUAAUGAAAUCUGGUGAUAAAUUAAUAAGUGAUGCUUAUGAAAAUCUUGGUAAUCUUUUUUUGGAAUCAAACAAUGUAGAUGAAGCUUUACAUUAUUAUCUUGAAUUACUUACUAAUGAAUUAAUAAAAAAACUAUCUGAAGAUUUUUCAUUAGUUCAUAUUUAUAAAACUAUUGCAGUGAUUUAUUAUAAAAAACGUAUUUUAGAUCAAUCAUUAAUUUAUCAUAAUCGUUUACUUGAUUGUUAUUUAAAAAGAAAACCACUUGAUGAAUCUAGUAUUAAUGAAAUUUAUACUUCUAUCGGACAAGUUUAUUUAAAAAGACGUCAUUUUGAUCAAACAUUAUUAUUCUAUCAAAAACAAAACAAAAAUCAAUCAUUAAAUGAUAAAUCAAUUGAUAAGCGUCAAAUGAUUGAUGAUAUUUCUUUUGAAAAACGUCAUUUAGAACAAUCUUUUUACUAUUUUGAAAAUUAUCUCCAUAAACAACUUCAAAUAUAUUCAGAAAAAGAUCCAAUAUUAGUUAAUAUAUAUUGUAUUUUAGCAAAUAUUUCUUUUGAUAAACAAAAUUUGAAUAAUGCAUUAAAGUAUUUUCUUCUCGCAUUAAAUAAUGAAUUAGAACGAAAAGAAAUUCAUGAUUCAUCAUUAAAAAAUAUAUAUAAAGCUAUUGGAACUAUUUAUUUUGAACAAAAAAAUUAUGAUCAAUCAUUAAUUUAUUUUUAUAAAUUAUUUGAUUGUCAAUUACGACAAGAUUCAAAUACGAAUUCAUCAAUAGAUGACACUUAUACUAUGAUUGGAAAAAAUUAUUUGAAAAUAAUUUAUUUUCCUUUAUAUUUAUAUGAUAAUAAGAAUUUAAUGUCGAAGAAAUCUAACCAAAAUUUACAGAGGACAACAUCAACGACGACAAAUACAUCUCAUACUGACAAUUUUAUACUUGAAAAACGUUCUUUAAAUCUAACAUUAGUUUAUUUUCAAAAUUUAAUUACUAAACAAAAUAACAAUCAAUCAUUAGAUGACACAUAUAUUAUUCUUGGUAAUACGUGUUUGGAAAUGCNUGACUUUGGGUAG